AUGUCGGCCGAACAAACUCAAGCAUAUCAUGCAAUACAAAUCGGUAUUAUUAGUCAAACAAACACAGAUGUCAUAAAGGCUAUGACUAUAAAUUAUCCUGAAGAAGCAAUUGGAAUUACUCGAGCUACUAAAGCAUUUGGUAUGCCCGUAGUGAUCUCGUUUACGGUUGAAGCUGACGGUCGAUUACCGAACGGACAGACGUUGAAGGAAGCAAUCGAACUUGUUGAUAAUACUACUCAAAAUGGACCCGCUUAUUAUAUGAUAAAUUGCGCACAUCCAAUUUGUUUUUCACAUGUUCUAAAUUCUGAAGAAUCGUGGGUAGCAAGGAUUCAUGGUGUGAGAAGCAAUGCAUCGACGAAGAGUCAUGCUGAGCUUAAUGAAUGUAAAGAACUUGAUUCAGGUAAUCCAGUCGAAUUCGAUGAACAAAAUCGAGCACUUUUAUUCAAGUUGAAAAAUUUGAAUGUCUUCGGUGGAUGUUGUGGAACAGAUCAUCGUCAUAUUGAAGAAGUUUGCAAACAAUGUAUCGAUGCAUUCAAUCGACUAAAACAUGCUCAUCGUACUGAAAUUAUCUAA